GAUCACGAAGUUGUCGUCACACGCACGAGCGCUGUCAGUAUAAACCGCUCAGCUUACAGACUUGUAUCCCUUCACCGAGCAGUAAGUUCGAUGAUUUGCAUUCUAACACCUAUUUAACCGCAUGGUUAUCUGAAUCUGGAUUUUACGCACUGAACCUUAUAUGGACAGCGCGCUUUGCAGCACUCUGCGUGUUUUUUCCACGGUAUUUACCCAAUAGGUAUUAGUUAUUUAAAAAUAAAAAAUAAGAAAUGGCAACGGACGAGCUUUCAUCGAAGCUGAACCGUCGGCUGCUGAUCGAGGAUGGCGCGCACGAGCCGUUGCAUUUGGACGGGGCUCAAGAGAACGGAGCGCACGAGAAAGCGGCCACGGCCAGCGCGGAUUCGGAGCUUGGAGCGAAACUGCAGCGGCGCGGGGAGCUGAACGAGGGUGUCGGUGAACACCAGCUACCUAGCAUGAAGGUGUGCAACCCAUACACCGAGUUCAAGGAGUUCUCGAGGAAACAGAUCAAAGACAUGGAGAAGAUGUUCAAACAGUAUGAUUCAGAGAAAGAUAACUUCAUCGAUCUGAUGGAGCUGAAGCUGAUGAUGGAGAAGCUUGGAGCGCCACAGACUCACCUGGGGCUGAAGAACAUGAUCAAAGAAGUAGACGAGGACUUAGACGGCAAACUCUGCUUCAGAGAGUUCCUCCUUAUCUUCAGAAAAGCAGCCGCAGGAGAGCUGGCUGAGGACAGUGGGCUUCAUGUCUUGGCACGCCUGUCAGAGAUUGAUGUGUCAACUGAGGGAGUGAAGGGGGCCAAGACAUUCUUUGAGGCUAAAGUGCAUGCAAUUAAUGAAUCAAACCGGUUUGAGACGGAAAUCCGUCAGGAACAGGAGGAGAAGAAACGGCAGGCGGAUGAGAAGAAACACAGACAAGCUGCUUUUAAAGAGCUGAAGUCAGCCUUCAAAUAACCACCACACCUCAACAGCCUCAACUUACCAUGUCUGUCUGUCAGUUCAUCAAAGAGCCCCCUAACCAUAGAUACUAUGCAAGGCUGUGAAAUGCUUUGAUAUCAAUGCAGAAUCAUCUUCCUGUGAGAGGGAAACCUGUGUAGUUUGUGCUCAUAACUGGAUCUAACACAUCAGUCAUUUUAAAAAAAAAUAAUUGUUUUGCUUCUUUUAUCUUGCUCCCUCUCUCUCUCUCUCUGGCUCAUUUUGAAUGUGAAGCCAGACAUUAACGUCAGUACACUGGAUUGGAUUUGUUCAAAUCUGUUUCAAUUGCAUGUUUUAUAUGUACUGUACAUGUAUUGUAGUUCUAACAUCAUUGUUCUGUGUCAGUCUCAUUUUAGGUUGAAUGGCUUGUUUCAAAUCACUCGUGGGUUGCUGAGAUUUAAUUUUAACACUUUAAAUGGCAAUUUGGAGUUUUAAAGUGUUUUUAAUAAAUUGUAUGCUAUAUCCAAUCCGUUGUUUCUUAUCAGUGGCACAACUGUCAGACAUAAUUUCCUGUGUAAUCAGGACACGCUUUCACUGUACCGUUACUAAUUAAAUUUGCACGGUGUCUAUUUGAACAUGAAAGCACAAAGCAUUAGUGUACAUCCGGUUCAGACCUGCUCUCACAGAUACAUGAUAUAAUUAGAUCUUAAAAUAUUCUGUAUUUUUGUGUUUCUAUAUUGUAUUUUUGCAUGGUCACUGUGAUGUAAUUUCCCUUUGACAGUAAAUGUGGCACACACAAGCUCACAAACUCAUCUAUUCAGUCAAAAUUGCAAUACGAAUUAUGUAAAUUUGAAAGUAUUUAACAAAAGAACAGUCUCUGACUGCUUCUGGACCUCUGCAAUCUGUGCCACUUUGUGUGCUAAACAAGUAAAUGUUAAAUCAGAGGGAUGAGUUAAAUUCAACUCCUCAGCUCUGUUAAGUAUAAACUUCCAGCAUGGCUAAACUAAAUCAAGUUCUGGCUUGCAAAUAUUUAUCUUUGUAUGGCCAACAUUCCAAGCCUUUCACAGCACCACAAGCACAGUGAAAUUAGAUGAAAGCAACAGUGUAUUGUUCUUAGAAUCAAGUCAUUAUUUGAUAGAGAAACAGACAUGCUAUUAUAAAGAACCAGUGCAUGUGUUCCAAUAUUGAAAAGAAGGAAAUGUCAAAUAUGUUUGAAUGGAUUCUGACAUUUCUUAUCCUUUUUUUUCUUUUUUUUUUCUUUUCUUUUUUUAAUAUUUAGUUUAAAAGAAAUACUAAUAGAUUUCACCAACAAAGUUUACUGUGAUCUAAAAAUGAGGGAAACAUUUCUAAUGGAUACCCACAAAGGAAUCAUUCACUAGCCUAAUACAUUGAAAUAUGACUUUUGUGGUCAUGUAAUUGAGAAACUAAUGUAUAUGGCAGUACACUGUGGCUAAGGAAACUGAGAUGCUAUGUGUAAAGACAAAUCUAUAUUUUCAUGUAAUGAAAAUUUUACAUUUAGUUUUGUAUGGAAAGGGCUUUUGUGUAAAUUUUUAUUUUGUCUAUUAUCUUGUCUCCCUUGUAUUCUACAUGUAUCAGAUACUUACAUUUUUUUCAUGACAAUCUGUACUACACGCGGGCAAAAUGUUCCAAGUCACUGGUAACAUUCUUGUUUGCUCACUAGUUCUGUGAAUAUUCAAAUAGUACGAGAAUGAAUAUUUGUCUCUCUGUCGUCCGCUCCUACAGUGCAUCCAUGUUCAUGUUUUUCCUUUUAAAUUGUAAGUUACUGUUCCACUGAAAAAUAGUUUGAAUACUAGAUGUUAAGAUUAAAGAAUAGUAAUGUAGAUGUUAAUUAUUGGUGAAAGAGGAACCAAAGUUGACGGAUGAAACCAAUCAAACAGCUUGCUGCAAUCUGUUAGAAGCCAUAAACCAUUCUGUUAAUUGUUUUGAAAGAUUUUGGUUGUUCUAUUGUGCCAAAUGUAUUAGCAGUUCAGUACUGCAUUAGGCUUCAGUAUAACACUCUGUAAUUUCUCUGAAAUCCAUCAUAACAUUUCUGAUCAACAGACCUUAAUCUCAAUGAAUAUUCAAAGAGCAUUUUAGAAUUUGGUCUAAACAUCACUGAUCUACAGUGUUCAUUAUUAUGUUUUUGUUGUUACUUUUGAUGAUAGUUAAGAACCCUCUUUAUAAUUUUUGGUUUUAUAAUUAAUAUUUGUAUAUCUGAAUAAUUACAAUACAGCUCUGGCUGUAUUAUCUCAAAGAUACGAUUUCCACUUAGGAUUUCAGUAAAAAUCUGUUCUUUCCCAGAAAAAUAACACAGUAAGAAAAAACAUUUAUUUGAUCAUGUUUGUUGUUUAAUGUAAUGACAGAAGGAUGAGAAAAAACUGUGUUUUCACUAUAUAUAUAUAUAUAUAUAUAUAUAUAUAUAUAUAUAUAUAUAUAUAUAUAUAUAUAUAUAUAUA